AUGGGUCUGCCUUCCUUGUGGUGCUAUGAGGAUGCUUACCGUAGGUCCUUUGCUCGAUCUGUGCUGAGGUUCUUAGGCUUCAUCUUCUGGGGUACUGCUGUAGUUCACAUGUAUGGUGGAGUUUCAGCGAUCCUGAUGUUCAAGAACUACAGAUAUUUAUUUCAGGAGGCUUACUUGUCUCUCCCUGGUUGGUUGGCUCUUGUAACUGCACUUACAUUGCUACCUACUGGAGUUUUGGCUGUCUCUAUUUCUGUGAAGAGUUCCCGCAAUCAGCAAGGGACUUUCAUGUGCUUGCUGCUGCUCCUUCUUUGCUUAGAAAUGUCUUCAAUAGCUCUGGCACGUUCCUACUGUGUUAGGACAGCUUCUCAGCUGGAAAGUGCUAUCAGUUACCUUGUUCACCAGCACAAUUGGACAUGCUCUCAGGAUCCUGGAAGCAGUGCUGUGGAUGUGAUACAGAGGAAGCUGCACUGUUGUGGGGUCCACAACUACACAGACUGGCUAAAGGCAUCAUCUUUGCAUCAUCCAACUUGUGUCCCUGAAAGCUGCUGUAAGGAGAAGCAUUCCCUCUGCAGGGGAGACUUAGGCCAUGUGGAGCAGCUUUCUGAGGAAGGCUGUCUAAAGAAGCUGGAAGACCAGUUGUGUUUUUCCAUGCUGUACAUUUUUUGGUCUUGUAUUGUGCUAAGCAUCCUGGAGCUCUUGGCUGCUGUCAGCAAUUGCAUCCUCAUGAGACGUCAGCCAUUCUGUGAACUUUGUAUUCUGGACUCAUAUGUCUUCUCACAGCACUAUAGGUACUAG